UGUUGACCCACUAUAGACUUUCAGUCGUAUGUCUCUUCCUCAAAAUUCGAACCGCGACACUCUAUAUACUCUAAGUACCAAUACAUUUGCGCUUUAGCUCAUUAAAAACUCUUAUUGUGUAAAAUAAAUACAGAGACUUCCGCUUUAACCGGGACUACUGACGGGUAACUUUAGUGUUUAAACGCGUGGGGCGUCUGCUGGCACUUUGUUCUGUCCGAGGCACGUUCAUCAGCUGGUAUCAUGGUUCACGAAGUGAAAGAUCUGGAUGAGUUCCAGAAAAUUCUGAAUGAAGCUGGAGACAAGCUGGUGGUGGUGGACUUCACAGCCGAGUGGUGUGGCCCCUGCCAAAUGAUGGCCCCAAUUUUUUGUGAGAUGUCACAGGAGCCUGUCAACGCAAACGUGAUUUUCCUGAAGGUGGACGCGACUGAUGGCAGGGAUGUGAAGUCAUUCUAUAAUGUCACCCGCAUGCCUGCAUUUCACUUUUACAAGAAUAACCAGAAGGUGUAUGAGUUCACCGGUGCUGAUGAAGCUCAACUACAUCAAAAAGUGAGAGAGCUCAGAUGAGAUGUCCCACCAAAAACAAAAUCUGCCUCACAUAUCUUUGAUAUUACUGUGUUACUCAUGACAAUGAAGUCUAUCCCACACAGUCAAUAAUACAUCCACAUAUCUUGUAACAGACCAAACAACUGUUAUCUCAUGUUAGACGAAUGUGUUUUAUUUUAUUAUAUUUCUUUCUUGUUUGUCUGUACAAAUACGUGUGUGUGUGUAUAUCUACACAUAUAUUCGUAUUCGUAAAUGAAAAUACAUGUAGACGAGUAUAUAUUGGUUUUUUUUGUUUGUUUUAUUAUGUCUGAAAUAAAUAAAGAUACAAAUACAAA